GUUCCCGGGAAAAUGGCUGUAAACAUUGACUUGAAAUCUGAGGCCUUGAAGGAAGACAAGGGAGACUCACACAUACAAUAUCUCCCUUGUAAUAUAGAAUAUGAUGGAAAGGCUGAUAUCAACAAGUUCUUUAAUAUUUACGUGGAUGAAGAGGUGACAGGUGACGGUAAAGAGGAAAAGACUGGCCUGAAGGGAAUGUUCCGAGGUUAUCCACUACGAGGCUGUGUCGCGAAAGUCCCCGAAGGAUACAAGGGAGUGGUUCUGAAGGAGACUCGACCCACGUUGAGCGCUGAUGAGGACCGCACCAUGAGAGGCGUGUGUCAGUUUAAGUCAUUCACCUUCUGGAACUGGGACAGAGAGCCAUCACGAGGGGACAGGUACCAACAGGCCAUGGACUGGAUUGAUGUAGCCAAUGCGAUCCAUGGCAGUGAUAACUAAUAUCUACACUAGCAAGAAAAUAGACCUCAAAUAGAUUUUAGUCUCACGGUAAGCUUGUUUCCGGUAAGCUUGUUUAUGGUAAGCUUGUUCAUGUGUACUGAAUAAAGUAUUAGAAUUGAAUCUUGA